CAUCGCGAUGUUUUUACCUUCCAAAUAUUGCACUGAACGGCGGUACUUAUGAUGAAUUCAAUGCAAACGAUAUUAAGAGGUGUUGUAUAGCAUGUGCUCGGGAUCACUGCUGUCUUGGCUAUACAUACAGUAAAACAAGGAAGCGAUGUUAUUUGAAAUCAUCAAUGUCUGACUCCGGAAUCAAUUAUGAAGCAAUUAGUGGUUUAAAAGCGAAUACCCACUCAGGACAGGGUUCAUUUUUGAAAAAUGUGAAAAUAGAAGGUGGUGCGACAGCGGUAGUAUUUUUUAGGAGGCCUGAAGAGUGUCAGCAGUAUUGUACAGCCUAUGGGAUAUAUUCAUGGAGUCCACCAUCUUCAGAAGAGGAACAAGAAGGACACUGUGUAUGCAUGACACGCAUUCAAUCACUUCAGUAUUCAUAUGGAUCCCGCUCUGCUAUAUUUCCACCUGUUGCAUCAAUUAAUUGA